CCGGAAACUACACUUCCUACCGAAUCUGGGCCUAAUGUCGCCGCCUUUGGGCCACCAGGGGGACAAAAUGACCUGGUGUCAUCGGCCACAGGUGCUGCAGGUGCUCUUGCUGGCUGGGCCUUCUCAUCUAUCAGUAGUAGGUUAGCAGCUAGCGACCUUUCAACAAAGAUGGCUACAGCAAGCUUGUCGUCCAACCCUCCUUCUCCCAUGCCCGGAGCAUUUAGCCCGGCUCGUUCGAGCUCACCGUCAGUUCAGACGCCGACCGUAUCAGCCCCUGUUAAGAAAGCGCCGACGACGAGUGCACCCAGCCGUAGCACAAAGGGCAAAGGCAUGGCCUUGGGCUCAAAACUAGGCACGAAAGGCAAACUUGGCAACGGGCACGCGGAUCUGAUGGCGGA